AUGACCAAGUUGCUCCCUUCUCUCGUGCUGGCUGCUUUUGCGGCUUGCGUGGUGGCUACUCCUGUCGCCGAGCCUGCCAUUACCGCCGCACCCAAUCUGGCCAAGAGGGCUACCAGCUGUACAUUCUCUGGCUCCAAGGGUGCAUCAAGUGCCAGUGUUUCUCAGAAGUCUUGCUCCACCAUCAUCCUCUCGGCUCUUGCUGUGCCUUCCGGGACCACGCUUGACCUCAGUGACCUGGAAGAUGACACCACGGUCAUCUUCGAAGGCACGACCACCUGGGCCUACGAAGAAUGGGACGGCCCACUUCUCGAAAUCUCCGGAACUGGCAUCACCGUCAAGGGUGCCUCCGGUGCGGUACUGAAUGGCAAUGGAGCCCUCUGGUGGGACGGUGAAGGAAGCAACGGUGGUGUCACCAAGCCCAAGUUCUUCGCCGCCCACGACCUUAUCGACUCCACAAUCACAGAUCUCUAUAUUGAGAAUACUCCGGUCCAGGCUGUCAGCAUUGACGGGUGUGAUGGAUUGACCAUCACGGAUAUGACCAUCAACAACGAGGCAGGUGAUAGCUUGGGACAUAACACCGAUGGAUUCGAUAUCGGUGACAGCACUAAUGUGGUUAUCACGGGUGCGAACGUGUAUAACCAGGAUGACUGUGUUGCAAUCAACUCGGGCACGGAUAUUACGUUCGAGAACGGUGUUUGCUCCGGUGGACACGGUUUGUCCAUUGGCAGUGUCGGAGGACGCAGUGACAAUGUCGUGAAAACCGUGACUUUCAGUAACAACGAGGUCAAAUCAUCUGUCAAUGGUAUUCGCAUCAAGGCUACCGAAGGAGACACUGGGUCCAUCACCGGUGUCACAUACACCGAGAUUACGCUUUCCGAUAUAUCCAAAUAUGGUAUUCUCAUCGAACAGAACUACGAUGGUGGUGAUCUGGAUGGAGGUACCGCCACCAGUGGUAUUCCCAUUACUGACCUUACCAUGUCCAACAUCUCCGGUGUUGAUGCCGUGUCCUCGGAUGGUUACGAUGUUGUUAUUACUUGUGGAAGCUCUGGCUGCUCUGACUGGACUUGGACUGAUGUUGAUGUCACUGGUGGAUCCAAGUACAGUGAUUGUACUAACAUCCCCGAUGAUAUUAGCUGCAGCUAA